AUGGGCCGGCUUCAACUCCAACAAACACAUUACUCACUACUAUUAGGAAAUAAACCUCCCUGGACACUACCUGCCAAGGCAGAUUAUUCCAAGUUCGACUCGGAGCGAGCAUGUAGGUACUUCGGAGUCCCGCCAAUCAAAACGCCAGAGUUCUUCCCAAUUCUCUCAAUCAUGCCCCAAAGAUGUAUGAUUUACAUCAAGAAGAACUUCCCGCAAGAGAAGUUCGAAACCACUUUCCUCAAGCUGUGGGAAUGGAUGUUCUACGAGGGCAUUGACAUCAGCAAGCCAGAACAAUUGGCUAGACUGUUCCAGAGCAAUGGUUUCUCCGACGUGGAGAUUAAACAGAUCUUCGCUGCGGCGUCAAGUCCGGAAUUCAAGCAGGCUCUCACUGCCAAUACGCAGGCAGCACUUGAUAAGGGUGCUUAUGGAGCACCUUGGUUCUGGGUGCGCAAUUCUGAAGGCAAAGAGGAGCCUUUCUUUGGAAGUGAUCGAUUUGCCUUCAUGUGGCAGUAUCUUGGGUUGCCUUUCCAGGAUGUUGCUAUUGUUGAGAAGUCUAAGCUGUAG